GAUCUGCAGAGCCGUGAUCACGAUGACGAUUACCGGGGACGUGGAUCCCAGGGAGACCCAUAUGAUGACAGAUAUGAAUAUGAUUCCGACGUUCUCCAUGGACACCAUCGCGGCCGAUCGCACUCUCGACGCCGAUCUCACUCAGUAUCCUCAUACAACAUGCCUUACUCAGGGGGCGGAAUGACAUCCGCAGUGCCUAUCCCGAUACCCGGGAUGGCGUCAAGCAUCGCCUACCCAGGACAGCAAGGACCUUAUGGAGGGAGCUAUGGACAGCCAGGAGCUUACGGGCAGCCAGGAUCUUACCCAGGACAGCCCGGAUCUUAUCCUGGUCAGUAUGCGGGGUCGCAAUAUGGGGGCGGCGUGCCCAUGUCGAUGCACGGUGGGGGGACUACCUAUGCUGGUUCAGAUCCAGGAGGCCCCAUGGGUAGUGGUGGAUACGUCACGACACAGCUACCUAUGGCUAUGCGUCCUCGGAGCGUCUCCAUGUCAAUGCCUGGACACUACCCCCCACACUCCAUACUCCGCAGGCGGGGGUAUGAUGAUUGGCGGGGUUCCUCAAGCUCAGAUCAUGCCUCAGGUGCCGCAAAGCCAGGUAGUCGUCUUGAAACCGAACAAGAAGCACCGUCACCAUAAACAUCAUCAUCGAUCAAGGUCUCGCUCCAGCAGAUAUUAGUUUGUGCCCAUCUUUGCUGUAACUGUACAACAUGACUUGUCUUUUGUAUCAUGCGUCCUCAUCUUACCAGUUCAUCUAUCUAUUCAUAUCCCGUUGUCACAUAUGUACCCUACUUUGUACUCACAUGUUCGAAUUGUAAUGAUUGUUACUGAUAGUUGGAAACUACCACUAUGUAUGACGCAGUUACGGUGGCAAUGCAGUACUGCACGGUCGUUUUCCAAGGCGACUUCCACCCCACCGUGCUAUGUAGUAUCCGACUGAAAUCGGUGCAUAUGGGAUAAUAUGUCGAGGAUGGUGAUAUGCGGCCCACCCGUAGUCGCCGCCAGAAAUCCAAGAAGGCAUCGACCAUAAAAUGCGAUCAAUGUCCCCCAAAGGUGUUCAACGCCACACAAGUCCUUGACAGCCAAAGAGUGUAUACAAAAA